AGGGUACCCUAGUUUGCUGCCUCCCUUCGACACAGUCAUCCAAAGCACCUUCGUAACUAUGCUUGGUUUUGGGAGCUUAUCUAAACUUGGUAUUUUCUACUAAUUCCUCCCCAAGCAUGCAUGCGGAAUUCCUAGAUAAAGCGACGCACUAACUGAUAACGCGUUUUAGUGUGGAAGCCGACGCCUGUAAUGAAUUCCGAUUUUGGUUCCGGGCGAAGCCGCAGGAGUUACAUAGAAACCUACGCUUUCACUGCAGAGGAGAGAUCCGAUUUCCAGGAUUUGAACAGCCGUCUAGAGCGGUACAUCUCUCUGGUGAAAGGUCUCGAGCGUGACAAUGCUCAAUUAGUUAACGAACUUCGUCAACUUCAUGAAUCAUGGGGACAACAGAAUGGCACAUACAGGAUUUCUCUCCAAAAGAUACUAUCAGACAGAGAUGACUCUGUGGCAGCGAUAAAGGGUUCCGCUGAGAAAGCAAUCCGCGCAAAGAGAAUCAGUGCUGACAUUGGUCUACUCAACCGCAGGAUCGAAGAUAUAAGAGAAGCAGAACAAGCGGAUCGUGCAAGAUGCAGUGAGCUUCGCUCAGAAAUUUCUAGAGCUGAAGCGGAUCUGGAUGCGCAGCAACGAGAAAACAAUCGCUUAUCUGAUGAGCGCUCUCAGCUGGCAGAUCAGAAUGCCAAACUCUAUGGAGACUACGAAAAAAUAUCGGAUGAAAUUGAUCGUAUUCGCCUUGAAUUGGCCGAAUAUCAAGCAAAAGAAGAACGCCUUCUUGCUGAAAAAGAGUUCCUGCUCAAAGUGCAGGAACGCGAAGUAUUGGAGGUAAAUGGCCUGCUCGAAGAGACCUCGUUCGACGCUAGAGAAUUCUUCAAAAACGAUAUAGCACUUGCAAUCAAAGAUAUCAAACUCGAGUAUGAUCAAACGCACAGAAUUGUACGCGAAGGCGUUACAACUCAGUAUCAACAAAAGGUGGAUGAACUACGCAGAUUGGCUGAGGCAAAGAGCUCUGAAGAAGCCAGAUUCCGCCAGGAUCAGAUAAACAAGAUGGAGAAUAUGAUUGGUGAUCUCAGAAUGAAGUUCCGUCCUUUGGAAGACAGGAACCGAAUGCUCGAGGAUGAGUACAGACAGCUACAAAAUGCGAUGAAGAACGACGAGGACCGCUUCGAUGCCGAAAAGAAACGCCGUCAGGAAGAGUACAAGAAUGCGCUAGCCAAUUACCAGCGCCUGCUCGCAGAACAAGGAUCAUUGAGCGAAGUGGCUUUAUUGGAGCUAGAAAUUUACAGGAAGAUGAUCGAGUGCGAGGAAAAAAGAUGGGGGCCGGGAUCGGGAUCCGGAUUGGGGUCCGGAGUGGGAUCCGGGGUGGCGCCCAGGGGGUCAAACUCCGGGGUGGCGCCCAGGGGGUCAAACCCUGGGAUGGCGCCCAGGGGAUCAAACAUCUCCACAGUACAACAGUCAUACACGCAGACCAUAAAACAUAGAACUUAUACCGGCGAUGUCCGCAUAAAGGACUGUGACGAAGACGGCAAAUUUGUGGUCGUUGAGAAUGCUGGCUACAGCGAGCAACGCUUGAGCGGGUACCGAAUCCGCAGAAGCGUAGCUGGUCAGGAGCGAACCUUCACGUUCCCAAGCCUGUUCACGCUUGGCCCUGGUCAAACUGUUCAGAUAUCAGCCCGUGGGUACACCCCUGACAGACGUGAAUGCAACCAUUACCUUACUUUCGAGGACGACACAACCUGGGGCACAAAUGGCACUUUUGUGACGCGUCUGUACAACAACCUAGGCACAGAAGUGUCGCAAUUCGAACUUAUGCUGACGUCUGACUUGUAA